AUGGUACCGAAGUCUGUCCAUCUCGAUCUGUCUAGUGCGGAGUUCAUGUCACCCGCGCCUGGCCCACAUAGGUUCCCGCUGGAGAAACGCCCAGACCUAAUGGUUCUCUCUUUCAGUUCAUCCGAGGCGCAGUCCCAUCCAAGCCCAUGUUUCGAAGAGGUUACGGUACCCGAGUCUCCGAGAGGAGAGCCAUGGCUCCAGUCGACAAUUGCGUCGACGGUGUUCCAUCCGCUUUCUACUGAGUCCGGCGCGAAGGUAGCGGUGUGUGCGAGUCUCGCACGGAGUUCUGAUAGCAGCGCGGCGUAA